AUGACCAUGAGUGACCCGCCUCCCUGGUCCAAGGAUGUGGAGUACACCUUCACAGGGAUCUACACCUUUGAGUCCCUCAUCAAGAUUCUGGCCCGAGGCUUCUGCAUCGACGACUUCACGUUCCUCCGGGACCCCUGGAACUGGCUGGACUUCAGCGUCAUCAUGAUGGCGUACCUGACAGAAUUCGUGGACUUGGGGAACAUCUCAGCCCUGAGAACCUUCCGGGUGCUGCGGGCCCUGAAAACCAUCACAGUCAUCCCAGGGCUGAAGACGAUUGUGGGGGCCCUGAUCCAGUCGGUGAAAAAGCUGUCGGACGUGAUGAUCCUGACUGUCUUCUGUCUGAGCGUCUUUGCCCUGGUGGGGCUGCAGCUGUUCAUGGGAAACCUGCGGCAGAAGUGUGUGCGCUGGCCCCCGCCCUUCAACGACACCAACACCACAUGGUACGGCAACGACACGUGGUACGGCAACGGUACAUGGUAUGGCAACGACACGUGGAACACCCGCAAGAGCUGGGUCGGCAACUUCACCUUUGAUUGGGACGCCUACAUCAGUGAUGAAGGGAACUUCUAUUUCCUGGAGGGCGCCAACGAUGCCCUGCUUUGUGGGAACAGCAGUGAUGCUGGGCAUUGUCCCGAGGGCUACGAGUGCAUCAAGGCUGGGCGGAACCCCAACUACGGCUACACCAGCUAUGACACCUUCAGCUGGGCCUUCCUGGCCCUGUUCCGCCUCAUGACCCAGGACUAUUGGGAGAACCUCUUCCAGCUGACCCUGCGAGCAGCUGGCAAGACCUACAUGAUCUUCUUCGUGGUCAUCAUCUUCCUGGGCUCCUUCUACCUCAUCAACCUGAUCCUGGCUGUGGUGGCCAUGGCGUAUGCUGAGCAGAACGAGGCCACGCUGGCCGAGGACCAGGAGAAAGAGGAGGAGUUUCAGCAGAUGCUCGAAAAAUUCAAAAAGCGUCAGGAGGAGCAGGAGAAGGCCAAGGCCGCACAGGCUCUGGAAGGUGGGGGGGCAGACGGGGACCCAGCCCGUGGCAGAGACUGCAAUGGCAGCGUGGACACAUCGGCGGGGGAGAAGCCCCCAAGGCAGAGCUGCAGCGCCGACAGCGCCAUCUCCGAUGCUAUGGAAGAGCUGGAAGAGGCCCACCAGAAGUGUCCGCCCUGGUGGUACAAGUGUGCCCACAAAGUGCUGAUAUGGAACUGCUGCCCCCCCUGGGUGAAGUUCAAGAACAUCGUCCACCUGAUCGUCAUGGACCCCUUCGUGGACCUCGGCAUUACCAUCUGCAUCGUGCUCAACACCCUCUUCAUGGCCAUGGAGCACUACCCCAUGACGGAGCACUUCGACAACGUGCUCACCGUGGGCAACCUGGUCUUCACAGGCAUCUUCACGGCGGAGAUGGUGCUGAAGCUGAUUGCCCUGGACCCCUACAAGUAUUUCCAGCAGGGCUGGAACAUCUUCGACAGUAUCAUUGUCACCCUCAGCUUGGUGGAGCUGGGCCUGGCCAACGUCCAGGGGUUGUCCGUGCUCCGCUCCUUCCGUCUGCUGCGGGUCUUCAAGCUGGCCAAGUCCUGGCCGACGUUGAACAUGCUCAUCAAGAUCAUCGGCAACUCCGUGGGGGCUCUGGGCAACCUGACGCUGGUGCUGGCCAUCAUCGUGUUCAUCUUCGCCGUGGUGGGCAUGCAGCUCUUCGGCAAGAGCUACAAGGAGUGCGUGUGCAAGAUCGCCGCUGACUGCAGCCUGCCGCGCUGGCACAUGCACGACUUCUUCCACUCCUUCCUCAUCAUCUUCCGCAUCCUGUGCGGAGAGUGGAUCGAGACCAUGUGGGACUGCAUGGAGGUGGCCGGCCAGCCCCUCUGCCUCACCGUCUUCCUCAUGGUCAUGGUCAUCGGCAACCUCGUGGUCCUGAACCUGUUCCUGGCCCUGCUGCUGAGCUCCUUCAGCGCCGACAGCCUGGCGGCCUCAGACGACGACAGCGAGAUGAAUAACCUGCAGAUCGCCGUCGGGCGCAUCAAGUGGGGCAUUGGCUUCGCCAAGGCCUUCCUCCUGGGUCUGCUGCACGGCAAGCUCCUGAGCCCCAAGGAUAUAACGCUCAGCCUUGGCGACCCCUGCGAGGCCGUGGAGGCCGGGGAGAGCACCCCUGAGGACGAGAAGAAGGAGCCGCCGCCCAAGGAGGACGACAAGGACGUGAAGAAGGACAAUCACAUCCUGAACCACCUGGCAGAUGGCCCUCCCUCCAGCAUCGAGUUGGACCACCUCAACUUCAUCAACAACCCCUUCCUGACCAUACAGGUGCCCAUCGCCUCUGAGGAGUCUGACCUGGAGAUGCCCACCGAGGAGGAUACCGACACUUUCUCAGAGCCUGAGGACGGCAAGAAGCUGCCGCAGCCCCUCUACGACGGCAACUCCUCUGUGUGCAGCACAGCUGAUUACAAGCCCCCCGAGGAGGACCCUGAGGAGCAGGCCGAGGAGAACCCCGAGGGAGAGCAGCCGGAGGAGUGCUUCACCGAAGCCUGUGUGCAACGCUGCCCCUUCCUCUACGUGGACACCACCCAGGGCCACGGGAAGCAGUGGUGGACCCUGCGCAGGGCCUGCUUCAAGAUUGUGGAGCACAACUGGUUCGAGACGUUCAUCGUCUUCAUGAUCCUGCUCAGCAGUGGAGCCUUGGCCUUCGAGGACAUCCACAUCGAGCAGCGGCCGGUCAUCCGCACGGUCCUUGAGUAUGCCGACAAGGUCUUCACCUACGUCUUCAUCAUGGAGAUGCUGCUCAAGUGGGUAGCCUAUGGCUUCAAGGUGUACUUCACCAACGCCUGGUGCUGGCUGGACUUCCUCAUCGUGGACGUCUCCAUCAUCAGUCUGGUGGCCAACUGGCUGGGCUACUCGGAGCUGGGACCCAUCAAAUCCCUGCGGACGCUGCGGGCCCUGCGGCCCCUGAGGGCUCUGUCCCGAUUUGAGGGCAUGAGGGUGGUGGUGAACGCCCUCCUGGGAGCCAUCCCCUCCAUCAUGAACGUGCUGCUUGUCUGUCUCAUCUUCUGGCUCAUCUUCAGCAUCAUGGGUGUCAACCUGUUUGCCGGCAAGUUCUACUACUGCAUCAACACCACCACCUCCGAGAGAUUUGACAUCACUGAGGUCAACAACAAGUCUGAGUGCGAGAGCCUGAUGCACACGGGCCAGGUCCGCUGGCUCAAUGUCAAGGUCAACUACGACAACGUGGGCCUGGGCUACCUCUCCCUGCUGCAGGUGGCCACCUUCAAGGGCUGGAUGGACAUCAUGUAUGCAGCUGUGGACUCCCGGGAGAAGGAGGAGCAGCCGCAAUACGAGGUGAAUCUGUACAUGUACCUCUACUUUGUCAUCUUCAUCAUCUUCGGGUCCUUCUUCACCCUCAACCUCUUCAUUGGCGUCAUCAUCGACAACUUCAAUCAGCAGAAGAAGAAGUUAGGAGGGAAAGACAUCUUCAUGACCGAGGAGCAGAAGAAAUACUACAACGCCAUGAAGAAGCUGGGCUCCAAGAAACCGCAGAAGCCCAUUCCCCGGCCCCAGAACAAGGUGCAGGGCAUGGUGUAUGACUUGGUGACAAAGCAGGUGUUUGACAUCACAAUCAUGAUCCUCAUCUGCCUCAACAUGGUCACCAUGAUGGUGGAGACGGAUGACCAGAGCCAGCUCAAAGUGGACAUCCUGUACAACAUCAACAUGGUCUUCAUCAUCAUCUUCACGGGGGAGUGCGUGCUCAAGAUGCUCGCCCUGCGCCAGUACUACUUCACCGUUGGCUGGAACAUCUUUGACUUUGUGGUUGUCAUCCUGUCCAUCGUGGGCCUCGCGCUCUCCGACCUGAUCCAGAAAUACUUCGUGUCACCCACACUGUUCCGUGUGAUCCGCCUGGCACGGAUCGGGCGUGUCCUGCGACUGAUCCGCGGGGCCAAGGGCAUCCGGACGCUGCUCUUUGCCCUCAUGAUGUCACUGCCUGCCCUCUUCAACAUUGGCCUCCUCCUCUUCCUGGUCAUGUUCAUCUACUCCAUCUUCGGCAUGUCCAACUUCGCCUACGUCAAGAAGGAGUCGGGCAUCGAUGACAUGUUCAACUUUGAGACUUUCGGCAACAGCAUCAUCUGCCUCUUCGAGAUCACCACGUCAGCUGGCUGGGACGGGCUCCUCAACCCCAUCCUCAACAGCGGGCCCCCCGACUGUGACCCCACGCUGGAGAACCCGGGCACCAGCAUCAGGGGUGACUGCGGCAACCCCUCCAUAGGCAUCUGCUUCUUCUGCAGCUACAUCAUCAUCUCCUUCCUCAUUGUGGUCAACAUGUACAUUGCCAUCAUCCUGGAGAACUUCAACGUGGCCACCGAGGAGAGCAGCGAGCCCUUGUGCGAGGAUGACUUUGAGAUGUUCUACGAGACGUGGGAGAAGUUUGACCCCGACGCCACACAAUUCAUCGCCUACAGCCGCCUCUCCGAAUUCGUGGACACUCUGCAGGAGCCGCUGAGGAUCGCCAAGCCCAACAAGAUCAAGCUCAUCACCCUGGACCUGCCCAUGGUGCCGGGGGACAAGAUCCACUGCCUGGACAUCCUCUUUGCCCUGACCAAAGAGGUCCUGGGCGACUCCGGAGAAAUGGAUGCCCUCAAGCAGACCAUGGAGGAGAAGUUCAUGGCGGCUAACCCCUCCAAGGUCUCCUAUGAGCCCAUCACCACCACCCUCAAGAGGAAGCACGAGGAGGUGUGUGCCAUCAAGAUCCAGAGGGCCUACCGCCGGCACCUGCUCCAGCGCUCGGUGAAGCAGGCGUCCUACAUGUACCGCCAUAGCCAGGACGGCAACGGGGACAGGGCCCCGGAGAAGGAGGGGCUGAUCGCCAGCAACAUGAGCAGGAUAUAUGGCCCCGAGAAUAGGGGCAGCAGUGUGCAGAGCAAGGCUGAGGACCCUGCCUCGGGAGGGGACACCGGACCUGCCAUGGGGCUCACACCCAUGGGCCCCCUGGACGCUGCCCUCCCUCCCUUGCUCCCACCCAGGCAGACGGUGCGUCCAGGGGUCAAAGAGUCUCUUGUCUAGCGGACAGCAAUGGGGUGACCAGCUGAGCGUCGGCACAGCCCAGAAGCUCCCCCGUGUUGCUUGCACGCUGAGGAAGCAGGGCUGUGACUCUGAGGCUGCGUCCACCUCCCUCAUGGGGGACAGGAUUUGGCUGUGCUGGGCUGACCCCUCGAGCGGAACACCUGCCUCCCCGGGCCAGGUGCAGUGAGAAUUGUUCUUGCGGGCUCCAUGCUGGGCCUGAGGCCCCGCAUCUGAGAUUUCACCUUCAAGUUGCUCUCACCUCCUCACGGGCCCUGCCACCCCUUGCUCUGGGCCCAGGAGAAGGUCAGGAUCUCUGCCCCCAGCUUGGGGAGGAGCCGGACUGCGAGGGAGGGACUGGCUGCCCUCCCGAAUCCAGAGUCUUAAGGGCUACUGGCCUCUCCCCAGGAAGUGGCUCAGGUUCCCUGACCCCAUCCCAGACAAAGACGUCUUAACCUCAGCGAGUACAGACCCCUGACCCCAGGGCACUGCCAGCUCUCCAUCCCUGCCCUGGGAUGCUGCUCCGCUUGCCAGCUCAGGAAUUCCCUGGAGAAGGGAAACGUCACCAGUAUAGAAAACUCCAAAAACCUAAUUGGCUGCUGAAAACUGAUGCUUUGGGCUGGGAUCGUAGCCCCUGAAACCACUUCCCAGGUUUUGUCAGGCCUGUGGCUCCCCUGGCUGGCCCCCAGGGAAGAGCAGAAAGAAGGAUUCCACUUGGGAAUUUUCUUUUUCCAGGAAGCAUGGCUGGGUAGUAUAGGGUGGGUCCCCCCCGGCUGCCUGACUGCACCGAGGCUCCUCCUGGCCUCAGCAUCCAGACUGGGGAGGAUCAGGGACCCUGAAGCUCAGUAAGAUUCUUGUCCCUCCUCCGUUCCUCACUUGCCCCUUAGCACCACCAGGGCUCCCUGUGGCCCCAUCAACCUCUUCCUCGUCUCUCCCCAUGCCCAUCUCGUCCCCCACUUCAUUCUUUUUUCCUGUCUUCAAACCAAUUUUAAGAAUGUUAUGGUUGAGCUCAUGUUCAAGUUUUCAACACUGGGGCAUGCAGCAGAAAAACUCCACCUGGCUCAGGCUCAACCUUCCCACUUCCUGCUGCCUGGAAAGUCAGGCAUCACUUCUGCUGGCACCGCUGACCUGGGUGUGGCAGUGCCAGGCCUGUGCUGGCUCCCGGAGAGCAGACGGAGGCCGAGCGGGGGGAGCGGCUGAGAGCUCUGCUCAGGGGUGGCUGCAUUUAUGCACUUGUGUGUGCACCUGCGUGGCCUGUGUGUCUUCUUAUAUGCCUGUGUGUGUACCCAGAGCUGUGUGUGUUCAAGUGUGUGACUGUGUGUGCAAGCCACUGAGUACCUUGGUGCUUGCACACGUGUGUAUAGGUGAACAUUUUUGUGUGUAUGUGUAUCAAGGUGUCCCUAUAGUGUCUGAAGUUCUCCGUGCAAAUACAGGUUGGUGUGUGUGUGUGUGUAUGUGUGUGUGUGUCCUCCGUGCAGGCCUGGUUUGUGAGUGUGCCUAUACGUGCGAGUGUGGGCCUGUGCCAGUAAGCAUGUGUAUGGGAGCAAACACAUGUAGUAAGGUUUGUACUUGGGUCUCUUUUUGGCCUAAGUUCCUCUUCUUUUUCUUCUUAUUUUUUCAUGAACAGUUCAAUUAAAACUCAGGAAACAGCAAAACCUUCAAAACAAGAUGUGUGUGUGUUUGUGUGUGCAACCACCACAGGCCAGAGCCUUUGUCCUUAUGUCCUGCUCUCUCACCUCCCCUCUGUCCUGCCACGCAUCCCUCUUUCCCACUUUCCGUGGGCUCCGCUCCUGCCCCUUCCUCUGUUUCUCUGCAUUACACCCAUUGCUUCAGCUCCCCUCCCUGUCUCCCACCUGCAUCUCCUCUGUGGGGAGGACUCGGCUCCUCCCGCCUCUCCCUGCGGUGAUUCUGUCUCUUCCUUUGCAAGGUCCAUCCAGUAGGGGGUCAGUCUCCUUCUGCCCAGCACCCUCACCCACUGCCUUGCCCUCCCCUGGCCUCAAACUUCUGUGGCCCCAAGAGCCUCAGAAAUCUCUUGGACUGGACCUUGGCCACCAGACUGACUAGAGGAGCAGGGUCCAUUCCCGUUGCAUCCGGGUGGGAGCAGGCCCCAGGCAGGUGGGCAGGCAGGCUCCUUUGUACAGUUCUUACAAUAAACCCUCCCUGAUCCUCUGACGUGUGGGCGUCUCCUGUCCGUGGCUGUGUGUGUGGACGCCAACAGGGGGCUGAGAGCAGCGAGGAGGAAAAAGAUGCUGAUGGGGAUUGGAGCCAAGUGGUGGAGACGUGGGCAGCCUCCUGGAUAGGGGAGGGCAAGAUAAGGAGAGCCCCAGCUCCCCCAGUAUGCAGCACCGCACCCCCUCCCCAGCCAUGGCGGCACCCAGGAAACGUGUUGGGCUCGCUGACCCCCAGCCCCUCCUCUCUGGAAGCCCCCUUCAUUUCAUUUCCCUGCCCUCUCCCUUAGAGAACCCAAGGUGCCUAUGGGGUGCACUGCAUCCCCUCUCUCCUCAGAGGUUCUACCACACCCCACACCCCCAGGACUCGG